AUGUUGUUUAGCAAGCUGUAGACGUGUCUGCCAUUCGAAGAAACUAAAAAUUAAUAAAUAAUAUUGAAAAAAAAUACCGUUGGUAGUUUACCUAAAUGUGCAUUGAAGAUUUUUCUGUAUUAAAUUUUGUACCUACAAUACUUUUUAGUACAUAUUUAUUUACAUGCAUUUUGAGGACAACAAAUGUUUAAAAAAAGUUAACCUUUAUGCUUGAUCGGAAAAAAUAUAGCUAACGUGCAAAACUCCAACGAUUUGAUUUAACAAUUUUGUACAAAUAUCAUGAAAAUUAUGUUAAUGCGGUAAAAUUAAACGUCAAUGGAGUCCAGUAGCGCUUACGCUAAAUAUAGCCAAGCGAUCAGCGGGUGGGCUCUUGAAGGAAUUUGAGAAAUCUGCAAAUUCUUUAAUAGCUUAAACAAAUGAUGGCACAGACCCAUCCGUAUCAUCAGCCACGUGUCUUGAUAGCAUCGAUCUAUCGACACCAAGCCGUCACAAGUCGGUCGCGUCCAUCGCUUUUGGCCAAACAGAAUCGCGACUUGUAAGAUGAUGUGCGAGACUGUGACGGCCUGUGAUCCCGGCGUUCAUUACGAUCGUGACGGCAUAUCGGAAUCCUGGAUUUUUGGCACCGAAAAUAGUCGGGCGGGCGCGCGCUACGGCCGCGAGGGCGGGCGCGGCGCAGUGCGUGUCGCUCCGCCGUGUGAACAGCCCGUUCGUGAGGCGUAUUUAAUUCGACCGGACCGUAACAACAAAAAGCCGCCACCAUGGACGCGAUCAAGAAGAAGAUGCAGGCGAUGAAGCUGGAGAAGGACAAUGCCAUGGACAAGGCCGACACCUGCGAACAGCAGGCUAGAGACGCCAACCUCCGUGCUGAGAAGGUAAACGAGGAAGUCCGCGAACUCCAGAAGAAGCUCGCCCAGGUGGAGGAAGACCUGAUCCUGAACAAGAACAAACUGGAGCAGGCCAACAAGGACCUUGAAGAGAAGGAGAAGCAGCUGACCGCCACCGAAGCCGAGGUCGCUGCCCUCAACAGGAAAGUGCAGCAGAUUGAGGAAGACCUCGAGAAAUCUGAGGAGAGGUCCGGCACCGCCCAACAGAAGCUGCUCGAGGCCCAGCAGUCGGCUGACGAGAACAACCGUAUGUGCAAAGUGUUGGAGAACAGGGCACAGCAGGACGAGGAGCGUAUGGACCAGCUCACCAACCAAUUGAAAGAGGCCCGUCUCCUCGCCGAGGACGCUGACGGAAAAUCCGACGAGGUUUCGCGAAAACUGGCCUUCGUUGAAGACGAACUCGAAGUCGCCGAAGACCGUGUCAAGUCUGGUGACGCUAAGAUCUCAGAGCUUGAAGAAGAAUUAAAGGUCGUCGGUAACUCCCUUAAAUCUCUCGAAGUAUCCGAAGAGAAAGCUAACCAGCGCGUCGAAGAGUUCAAGAAGCAGCUGAAGACCCUGACCGGCAAGCUGAAGGAGGCCGAGGCCCGUGCCGAGUACGCCGAGAAGACAGUCAAGAAACUGCAGAAGGAGGUCGACAGGCUCGAAGACGCAUUAUUCAACGAGAAGGAGAAAUACAAGGCGAUAUGCGAUGACUUGGACGGCACAUUCGCAGAGUUGACAGGAUACUAACAAACCUUCAUAGAUUUUCGUCUAAAACGUACCUACCAUCCGAUUUGCGUCAUCAACCAUUUUUCCAUACAUUUCCGCGCACGUUAUGCCUCACAGAACAUUCAUUAGAUUUUAGUUUCAUAGCAGGAAGAAACGACAAAUUCAAGAUCAGUUUUCAUGGAUCCAGCUCGACUACACAAAUAUGUUUAAUGCUGUAUAACCUAUUUAUCAAUAUUUAGAGGAUUGUCACUACAGUGUGGUCUUGUGUGGUCUUUUAGUGUCAAAAUUUCAGUGUUUGGUGACAAUCCUUUGGAUAUCGUAGUUUAAGCCCCGCUUUAUUUGUUGUGAUUAACUUGUCUUUCGCUUUGCGCCCACCGCCGUGGACCUAUGCUUCCAAGGUACUUUUACUAUUCAAUCACGUAAUUCUUCUUUUUUAAAACCAAAAUAAAGCUGUCCGCUUGUGCUCCUAAUUGAAGUUCAAUUAAAUUUCUUACGAAUUAUUCGACUUAAUUCACGACACUAUUAUAAUUAUUAUUUACUAGCAGCCCGGUCCGGCUUGGCUCGGGUAUUUAACAAAAAUUUCAACGAUGUUUCACGUUGUUUUAUUUUUUUAAAUAAAAGAACACUUAUUGCGGCAUAACUGUAAUAGUUAGACAUACGCUGCCGCGACAUUUUUUGUUGAUAAUAAAGUGUUCUAUAAAGUCGUAGGGCACGCGAUGUAAAGAAUAUUUUUAGAAUUUUUUUUACACCAUGGGUUACAUUAUUGGAGUUUUAGUAAAGAUCCCUAAUUUUUUCUAAAAAGAUUAUGGCCUAUAUCACUUGGGAAUAGUGUAGCUUCUAAACAGUGAGAGAAUUUUUCAAAUCGGUUCAGUAGCUUCGGAGCCUAUUCAAUACAAACAAACAAAUCUUUCCUCUUUAUAAUAUUAUUAGUAUAGCAGUAUAGAAAACAAAAUGGUAGAAAAAAAUCGAAGCAUCUAGAAAUAUGAAAUUAUUGCCCCGUAGUGUGCGAUGCUGUAAUGCAAUGUCUUUAAUAUUAUUUACGUGUCCGUUUCCAGACGAGCUUGGCAUCAACAAGGAUAGAUACAAGAGCUUGGCUGAUGAGAUGGAUUCCACCUUCGCCGAGUUGGCUGGUUACUAAGCUCUCGCACUCCACAUACAGACCACACACACACACAAACAGAACAUGUACACACACAUACGCAGCGCCGCUGCCACACACACACAAACACAUGUACAUUAAUCACACAACAACUCGGAUACAUGUUUACACGUGAUGUAAUAAUAUUUAUUAAUAUUUUAUGUAAAUUUAUUUACGAUUUUCAAUAAAAUUUAAUUUAUAACAA